AUGGCUUGCUCGAUUGGCUUUUUGAAAAUGAAUAGCCUUCGAGUAGACGAUCCAGCUUAUGUAUUCACACCCUCAGAUGCCAGGUGGCGGAGGGAAAUCAAUGUGUUCAACGAAAAUUGGCCACUUGAUGAGAACAAGUUUCUUCCUGGCAAAUCUUUCGAAACUAAGAGAUUUGUUAACAUUUUGAUUCGUGCAAAGGACGGCGGAUCAAUUAUGAGAGACAAUGUGUUGCAGGAGAUACAAAUUCUGAACAACUGGAUUAUGAACAACAUCUCGGUGCCGACGGAUGAUAUGAAGUUCAAUUUGACGUAUCAGGACCUCUGCUUGAGCUAUGACUGGGUUUGUGGAGCAAACGAGCAUAUCCAGAUGCUAAUCCGGAGGAAUGACGUAAAUCAAGUGCUAGAUCUACAUUUUCCUAGAGGUGGAACGAAAGACACUCCGGUAUAUCUUGGAAGUAUUUUUGGAGAUGUCAAGUUUUAUGAAAAUGGAACUUUGAGUGAUGCGAAACUCACACAACUCUUCUAUUUUUUGAAACAAGAUCAGAAAAUGGUGGAGGAAUACUCAUCAAAGUUUUCAUACGCUAUAGAAACAUUUCUGAAUCAAGUAUACUCUUCCGAUGUUAUCACUUUGUCAUUCGCACAUUAUCAAUCCCUUGAGGACGGCUUGGAUGAAAACGCAAAAGCAUUUAUUCCAAAUUUCGUGGUCAGUUUCUUCGUCCUCGCUAUGUAUGCUCUGAUCUCGUCAUUCACACUGAAAGCGAGCUCCGCCAAGAAAAUUGAUUGGGUAUCGAGUAAACCAUGGUUAGCAGCAGCAGGAAUGUUCACUACUGUACUAUCAAUUGUUAGUGCGUUUGGAUUUUUGUUUUUGCUAGGAGUUCACUAUAAUGUUAUCAACACAAUUAUUCCAUUUCUCAUUAUUGCAAUCGGAAUCGAUGACAUGUUCCUCAUGAAUGCUUGUUGGGACCAGACAAGUAAAUCGCUGAGCGUCCCAGAAAGGAUGUCAAAAACAUUAUCACAUGCAGGAGUAGCUGUGACUAUUACCAAUGUGACGGAUAUCAUGUCUUUUGCUAUUGGAUGCAUCACUGACCUACCUGGAAUCCAAUUCUUCUGCAUUUAUGCCUGUGUGUCCGUAGCGUUCAGUUAUUUGUAUCAGUUGACAUUCUUCUCUGGUGCGAUGGCUAUCAUGGGAGAAGUUGAAAGAGAGAAGCGACAUUGUCUGUUUUUCUACAGAACAUUCCGUCUGGUGGAUAUUUCGAAAAUGAAUGAAGAAGCAGAUUCAAAGUUGCAGCAAAUGAAAAGUAGAUCCGCCUCCCCUGCUCCAUUCAACUACCUCAGCAGCUCCAACUCAUCGUUCUCAUCGGAUACUGAUAGUUUUUCUUCUAAGAAGACGAUUCCUGCAGAAUUCGCUUGGAAGGAACAGGGGGCAUCUCCAAAUAGCACAAUUUCAAAAAAGACGGAUGAGCAUGAAGAGAAAGAUAGAAUCGUUCAUUUUCUUGGAAAAGUCUAUGGACCGUUCAUUCUAUCGAAUUCUGUGAGAAUAUUCUCAGCAUUCGUUUUCAUAAUUUAUUUGGUGAUUGCUAUGUACGGUUGCUACAACUUCCGUGAAGGACUCAACCCUGGAAACCUUGUCACCAAUGAUCAUUACAUUGCCAAGUACUUUUCAGACAUUAAACAUUUCUGGAGGAUAGGCCCUCAACUUCAUGUAGCUGUGCUGAACCCGCCAAACCUUACUAUAAGCGAAAACAGAGACAAAUUGAUGGAAGUAGUCACUGCUUUCGAGAACACACCGUACACUCUGGGAAGGGAGGGUACUGUUUUUUUCCUUUUGGAGUAUUUGAAUUACCUGGCUGAUUUGAAUGUGGAAAUUGAAGACACUGAGAAAUUAUGGAAGGUUAAGUUAAACUCUUGGCUAAAAUACACUGGCGGUUCGACACAAUGGGCAAGUAAUAUAAGGAUGAAUGGGACGGAUUUCCAGUCGUUCAGGUUUCAGGUCGCUCUGAAAAACUUUGUUGAACCAAAUGACCAUAAACAUGCUGCAAAGCUGUUGCGAGACAUAGCAGAUCACCAACCAUUCCAUAUAGUUGUGUACCAUGAGGCCUUUCCAUUUGCUGAUCAAUACCUUAUCAUCCUACCUGCUACAAUCCAAAACGUUGUGAUAUCCCUUCUCUGCAUGGCUGUUGUCUCAUUCCUUCUCGUGCCCAGCCUCCCAUCAGGAUUCGUCAUCUUUGUGUCGAUCGUGUCGAUCAACAUCGGCGUGUUUGGGUAUAUGACGUUAUGGGGUGUUAACUUGGAUGCGGUUAGUAUGAUAUCAAUCAUUAUGAGCAUUGGUUUCGCAGUGGACCUUUCCGCUCAUAUUAUAUAUGCGUUUGUGACAUCACAUGGAGACACGAAGCAACGAGUUAUCGGGGCACUUGAGACACUGGGAUGGCCAAUAUUUCAGGGAGCAUCUUCCACGAUAGCUGGCAUUUCUAUCCUAUACACAGUUGACGCUUACAUCAUUCUCGUCUUUUUCAAAACCAUUUGGCUCACAAUGCUUAUCGGCGCUGUCCAUGGGCUAUUCUUCAUUCCAGUAUUUUUAUCCUUGUUUCCAGUGGAGUUCUUCAGAAUACCAAAGUCAUCAGAACUGCAUUAG